AUGGCCAAGCACCACCGCACGCCGGCGCGCUCCGCCGUGUCCGUCAUCGAGGUCAAGAGCAAGUUUGAUGCUGAGUUUCGCCGCUUCGCUAUGAAGCGCUCCGGCACAGGCAGCUUCCAAGACUUCUACUGCCUGCUGCAGAUGGUGCACCAGAUCCCGCGGGUGGACGUGCUCCUGGGCUACACAGAUGUCCAUGGGGACCUCCUGCCCAUCAACAAUGACGACAACUACCACAAAGCCCUGUCCUCUGCUAACCCCCUCCUCAGGGUCAUCAUCCAGAAGAAGGCAGAGUGUGAUGCCAGUGUCUUCACCUCAAACUCCCUGCAGAGGAAGAAGAAGGGGCUGCUGCACCCCACACACUACCGGACCAAGACCCAUCUCCUCAUCGGCAUGCCCCAGGACUUCCGACAGAUCUCCUCCAUCAUUGAUGUGGACACCCUGCCCGAGACCCACCGUCGUGUGCGGCUCCACAAGCACGGCUCUGACAAGCCGCUGGGCUUCUACAUCCGCGAUGGCGUCAGCGUGCGCGUGGCCCCGCAUGGUGUCGAGAAGGUGCCUGGCAUCUUCAUCUCCCGCCUGGUGAAGGGUGGCUUGGCUGAGAGCACGGGGUUGCUGGCCAUGAGUGACGAGAUCCUGGAGGUCAAUGGCAUCGACGUGGCCAGCAAGUCCCUGGACCAGGUGACAGAUAUGAUGGUGGCCAAUAGCCACAACCUCAUCAUCACUGUCAAGCCGGCCAACCAGCGCAACAAUGUCAUCCGCAGCAGCAAGGCCUCGGGCAGCUUGAGCAUGUCCAUGGACAGCACCCCUAGCCAGCAGACCCCCAGCCCAGCCUCACAGUACCUGAGCAACUACAGCACGGCCGAGAGCGAUGAGGAAGGCGACCUGAUCAUCGAGAGUGACAGUGCACCCCACUACAUCCCCGGGAGCUGCCCCAAUGGGGGCUCCACGGACCAACCCCUCCAGCAGAACCCAUCCCCACACAGCUCCCAGGGCUCCCUUCAGUCCCUCGGCAGCCACAAUGGCAGCCCUGGCCGGGGCAGCAGGCAGGAGGACGGUACCCUCCUCACCCUAUAGCCACAGGGUCCCAUGCCACCCUUGGCAGCCACCACAGGAUCCUGUGCCAUCCUUGGUGUCCAGCCAGGUUUCCAC